AGCUUAUUCCACUUCUCAGAAGUCGGAGUUGGGUUUCCCGGUUGUCCGCAGCUGAUGUGAUUCGGUCGAUCGUCCGCAACCUUCCAUCUUGGGACCCAUUGUCUCCCGUGGAUCUUGAUGAACCUGAAUGUGCUACCACCGCGGUUGACAAAGAUGGCUUCCUUAGCCUCCGUGACCUUCGUUUGGACCGGGUGCUUGCUCAGGGUGCUAGGCUGUACAGCAUGGAUGCCCGGGAACUGGAGCGACCAAAUACUAGGCCAAGGUCAGGUUCCCAGUCCACUCCCUCAGCGAAUUCUUCAACGAAUCCUGCCUCAGAUUCUGUAACUUUCCUGCCCGAUGCACUCAGCGAUAACAACUCUGCUUCCUCAACAUUUCUAGUUCAGCGGCACGAGCUUAACAGCCGUCUAGGCCUUGAAGACGACAACGUCAUUACCAAAGUUUUGGCCCAACAUUCUGAUGUAUCAGCCAGUAAUUGGGUCUCACCGGAAGACCUGGUGGACGAAACGACAGGAAGCAAUGAUUUGACCCCAAAGCAGGACGUCGCAAAUUGCGUUCUAACUGCUUACCGUGAUGUGGAUGGAACGGCUGUCAAAAGACCAAUCUCAUGUGAGAAUUCCAGCCCUAUUGAGCUGUCCAAGCGCUCCCGUUUGGAUCAUCAAGAUGAAAACUGUUGCCCUCUGUCAACAGCGAGCCCACGAACAGUGAAACGGGGGUCUUCUGCAAGCAAAGGUUGGCCGUUAGACCAUUUUUGUACCCUUUUACUGGGUGAUCUUUGGGCUUUGCGUUGGGAGACCAGACAUGGAGCGGCAUCAGGGUUGCGGGAACUGUUAGCUGAAAACCGGCAUACGAAGCACUGUGGAAAACGGACUGACAUGAGCGAAACCGAGAUGGAAAUAAGUCAUUCGCGAUAUCUGGAAGACAUUGUUGUGCGGGUUUUGUGUACCCUUGCACUAGAUCAGCUUUCAGAUUUUAUUUCUGAUGAGGUUGUCUCACCCGUCCGCGAAACGGCUGCGCAAUUGCUUGGUGUACUCAGUCUACACUUGUCCACCGAGCAGGUUAUGCUGAUUGCCAAGCACCUUGUCUACUUGGUUACGCUUGAGACGCGAACUCCCGAGCAAAAUUCGACCUUAACACCUGAAAGCUCUUGGAAGAAUAGUUGGAUGAUUGUUCACGGGGGACUUUUGGGUAUCAAAUACCUACUGGCCUCCCGAAGGGAUCUACGACCAAUUCUCUUGACACUGAUCACUCCUUGUUUGAUCGAACAACUCAAUGCCGAGCCUGUUAAACUGGACUCCAAUACAGGCAACUGCAUCGUUUCAGGCGCAGAUGAAGAUAUUCGUGCUGCAGCUGCAUCAGCAUUACUUCCCAUCGUGGAUUCUCAUUGGUGUUCAACCACCUUUGGUUCAGAACAAACGCGACAUCUUUUGGGCCGAAUCUGGUCACUCCUCGGGGCAUUAACGUCGGAUCUUGCACCCUCCACUGGCCCUUUACUUCAACUAGUCUCCGCUCUGAUAAAGGCCAGUCCGGAUGUCCUACAUAAAAGGAAUUUGCAUCAGAUAGUGCAUGUGAAAGCUGCUAAAGUGUCGGAGAUAGAGCCGCAAAAAUCUCUGAAUGCCGUACAAGGAGGCAGAUUACACAAUCACAUUGUAGACGUGCAGAUUUGUCUCCAGUCGUGUGUUCCGGCUUCUCGGUAUCCGUUUUUCGAGUAUGCCGAAGGCCAAAACACCUUUGGCAACGCAGAAUCUGAACUCACGCUCACAUUGAAGUCAGCAAUGUGCUUCCGAGGUAGCAGAAGUCCGCGCAGUGGUCCACAAACCCCGCCUUCAUGCACGGAGGAGUGUUUAAGACUCAACCUGGCUCAGCUGUGCAUCACCGUUAUACGACGAGCAGAUCUCUCAUUUCUGGCUCAGGCCUGUGUGGAGCGUCUGGACUUUUGGCUCUGUCAGGCGAUGCAGCCUAUCGGCGUUCCUUACCCCCCACAUCUGUUUGGAGCGAAGCUCAUAGUUCCCCAUACAGACCAAACAUUUUCGUGCAAUCUGAAUGAGCAGCAGAGUAACGUAGAUGUUGGGACGAAAAAUGUCGAUACAUCCGGGCAGAAUAACUGCUCUUCUGAGCCUGAUUACCUGCACUGCAUAGGAGGAUCCCAGGUUAUCAACAACGACGUCGCAGAGACGGAAGCUUUUGUGUGGGACACUCGGGUCUGCGCUCUGCGUUCUGACAAUAUCUAUCAAAUCUAUGUUUUUUUCAAUGCGAUUGUUCCAUCACCAUUAUUUGUCCACACUUCUUUCUUAAUUAGUGUUCUGUCCCGGUUAUUUGGACGUCUUUGUCAGUACACCUACCCAACUGACUUGUCGACCGGAGAAGAGAGGAAAGAGGAGCAACCUAGUAUUAUCUGCUAUUUUCUCGACCAUCUACUGUGUCGCCUGCAUCUAACGGAACGGCUAGCUAUGCAACGUUCCAUCGCCGGGCUUAUUCUUUCUACUUGGGCCUUACUACCCUGCCGUGAUGACCAAUAUAAAUCUGACUACAAGUUUACGUGGGGCAAGCAAGUAAGGUACGAGGAGAGGCCAGCAACGCAGGUCAAAGAAUUACCAGAAUACGCAUUGUCCGCUGUGCUUCAACGCGAGUUGGAAAUGCUAGUACCGAAAUUGCGCGCGAAAAUGGAAUCCUGCCUGACGGAAGUCGUGUACUACGAGGAAAUUCUCGGGAUAUCGGAUUCCACGUCAGGACGCGCCGUCAACUCACCUCCUCAACGAUUCUCUCCAACUGGUAGCCAUGUGGCUUUUCAACGUUUAGCCUCCGCGUGCCUAACAAAGUUAUUGUUGCUUGAGUGGAAAGCCAAUUGUAGCAAGGUAAAUCAAGGCGAUAAAGCACAGCGAGUACCCAACCCUUCAAGGGCCGCAACCAAGGUAGUGAAGAAUCUGGCGUCAUCGCUGCUAGAAGCUGAUUCUCAACUCUCUGCGAUGAAAAUCAAUACUGACUUGGUGCCAAACCAAUUGGAGACCACUGCGUGUGACCUGCAAUCUUCGGACUGUCAGACGAAUGUCCUCUUGGAUAUGCGAAGAUCCAGCGCAGAUACAAUGCCUGGACAAUCUCCAUCAGAACUUUCUAGUCAACUUUCAUCGUUGGAGUAUCGGCAGCGUGGCACUAGCAUCGCGCUUACUUGCCUAUGUCGUACAUUUCUUCGAAGCCUUGAGAACCCCACCGAUUCACUGUAUGAAUUACAGCUUGGACUCCCUGUUCUGUGGAACACACUGUGGGCUGAACCUCUUCAGCGAAUCGAACAUUUAGUGGACCGAUCCGUAGACGAGUGCACCUUAAAACAACUAAUCACAGCGAAACUUUGGGAAUCACUGAAGCAACCAAUCACCCAAACAGACGAGGAAGUUAUUUGUACGGGACUUAUAAGCUUGUGCGUUUGCGUUCCGGCCUUACUCCCCUGUUUGGCGGAAUCAGCUCAACUUUCCUUCGAGAUGUUAGUCUACUUUGGAGCGAUGACUUCAUGUCUUCCCCGUUCCAAAAUCCAGAUGCUCGGGGCCAGACUGCUGGCUGCACUUGCUCUCCUUCGUACUGUUCCUCUAUUCAAUCUUCUAAUUCCCGUCGUGCUCCCCUUACUUGAACCUGAGGUGGGAGAAAAUGGCGUCCGAUUGACCGAUGUUUGCAAAACUACAUUAAAUUCACUAACCGGUACGGUGGUUAUCAUCGAGCACCUUACGAACGUGACUCCUCAUUCCUCGGUUUCGCUGCUAUCGGUCGAUAAUACCGACCCACUGGCUAGUGCAGAGCGCAAUUCCAUAUCAGACGACCGAUCUUCUUUUGAACCUACUCCCUCAAACGGAUGUUCAAGCUCUCAUCUUCCCGAGGCCCUGCGGUCUUUCUUACCGUACAUGGUAUUGUUCGUCCCUCCUGUACUCCGGCUGUUAGCUGAUCAGGAUGAGCGCAUUCGCGAAUCCGCUGGGCACCUUUUCACCGUCCUGCUAAAUCUUUUUCCACUAGAGUCUUCACUGCCAGAUGCCAUCGGAAUGGACCGAAAAUUGAGCGAUGCGCGUGUGAAAGAGCGAUGCUUCAUCGAUAGUCUCCUACAUCCAGAACAUAUCCAGUUCUACAAUCUUCCGGUGACCCUAAAAACCAGCCUGCGACCCUAUCAACAGGACGGUAUCAACUGGCUCAAUUUUCUCAACCGUUAUGGGCUAAACGGAAUUCUCUGUGAUGAUCUGGGCUUAGGAAAAACGCUUCAGACGAUCUGCAUUUUGGCUGGAAGUCAUUAUGAGCUGCAUCAGCGACUACGAUCCACCUCUGCCGGUCAGUCUGAGUUCAAAUCACCUGUUUCCUUGGUAGUCUGUCCUUCGACAUUAUGUGGACACUGGCUGCAUGAAGUAGAACAGUUCAUCGACAACGACAGUUUGGUGCCAAUAAUCUACUCCGGCGGUCCUUCGGCUCGACAAAAGUCAAUAUUUUGGAACUAUGUCGUUCUGGACGAAGGCCAUAUCAUCAAAAGUAGCAAAUCCAAAGUGACGCGUGCUCUGAAGAAGUUGCGGGCUCAACAUCGCUUGAUACUCACUGGAACUCCCAUCCAGAACCGUGUAUGUGAGCUGUGGUCCUUGUUUGACUUCCUGAUGCCUGAUUUUCUUGGGAGUGAAUCCAGUUUUUCUUCUCGAUUCGCCCGACCAGUUGCAGCAAGUCGAGAUCCGAAGGCGUCGAAAGCUGACCAGCGAGCAGCACUCGAGAAGCUUCACCGACUUGUCCUUCCAUUCAUGCUCAGGCGCUUGAAGGAAGACGUUAUGGCAGACCUGCCACCUAAAAUUAUCCAGGAUUUCGCUUGUGAAAUGACAUCAGUUCAGUGGCAAUUGUAUGAGGCGUUCACCAAAUCAACCGAAGGACAACGGCUUAUACGCUCCGUCGGUAAUGUAAUCCAGUCUGAAACCGACCGCCCGGCAACCGUUACGACUGGCGAUUCGAGAUAUGGCUUCCAAGCACUACGCUAUCUGCAGGCCAUCUGCAAUCAUCCCUGCUUAGCCCUAAAACGUGGACACCCUGCUUUGUCGGAGGUGGAACGCACCAUCCAGAUCGAAUUCGGCUCGAACAUAGCAUUGAAUUCAGUCCAAUUAAGUGGGAAGUUGCUUGGGCUGUGUUUCAACCAAGAUCCAUCCAUCGAUAUUAUGCUGCUUACCACAGCCGUCGGUGGUCUCGGUCUGAAUCUCACGGGUGCUGAUACAGUCAUUUUUGUCGAACACGACUGGAAUCCAAGUAAAGAUUUACAGGCCAUGGAUCGGGCGCAUCGGAUCGGACAGAAACGUACCGUCUCCGUUUAUCGCCUAAUCACACAGGACAGCAUUGAGGAGCAAAUAAUGAACCUGCAGGCUUUCAAAUUGCACCUGGCUAACACGGUAGUCACCACGGAGAAUCGGAGUCUUACCGGUAUGGACACGGAACAUCUGUUUGAUCGCUUUGCGGAUACCCCACACUCCAGGACCGAUAACAGUGUUGGUGCCAAUACCGAGUCACUUGACAGUGUGGAACGUUGUUACGAAUUGGAGUACAAUUUAGAUGCAUUUGUUUCUCGAUUGAAGAAUUUGGAUUAG